AUGUCCGCCAAGAUGUUGACGAAUAAGAAGAUAGCCCAGCGCAAGGCAUACUUUAUCAUUCCCAAUACCCAAUAUAGGCCUGAUGACCAGAUUCAACUCGGCCAGCUCAUCGAAGACCCUCUUAUACCUCACCGACCUUUGGCGCCCCCGAUUAGACCGUUCCCUGCAAAUGCAGCUAAAGUUCGUUUUGAAAACGACUGGUCCCAGGAAAGAUCCAUGGAAACUAUCGGCGACAUUGGUGUCUUUGGUCAGUUUCUCUCUGCAGCCUCUGCAGAGAGUUCAAUCAAUAGAUCGAUCGAUGUCACACGAUCUUGGAGUGCAGCUCGGCUUGAGACAACAUUUCUCGACCUGGGAGCGGAUAGGGAACAUGAUUACGUCAAGUCCAGUGUGCAGACGGCAGCAGUGCAAAAGUUGCUCACGAGUGAGACAUUUUUCAAGAAGCUGACCGUCAGGAAGAAGGUGUUGUACAUGGUCACGGGCAUCAAGAUCGCGAGGAGUCCCCACCAGAUCUCGCAUGGGGAGAGCAAGAUGAAAGGCGGUGCCGUGAAACUAGGCGCGGACCCUGGGACUGGCGGAGCGGUCAUGACUGGCAUACAGGGCAGUUUGAGCAUUUCCAUCAAGGACGUAAAGACUUGCACGCCGCAUGACGAUUUCGUCUUUGCGUACUGUCUACGCAAAGUCCACGUCAACCUCCGGAAUAACAAAACCCAGCUGGGAGGUGAUGUUCUUGGGGCCGAGAUGGACAGAGUCUUCAAUCGGAUGCACUACAGUCAGAGGAACACGGAAGAAGAAAGCGAUGAAGAGGAGCCGCAAGACAUAGUUGUACAUGUUGACGAGAUUCAGAAAAUCCUCUUCGAAAAGGAUGAUUUCGGACACUCUUUGCCGGCUCGGUACGCCAAGAACAAUGGCUUUGAUGAGACGAAUGGCGGCAAAUGUAUAGUUAUAGUGGCAAAAUAG